UAGAGCUCGUUGGUGGGGGCGUCGGAGGCGGCGUGGGGGAGAGGGGAUCUAGAUCUUCUCGGAGGGAGGUUUUCAGUCCGCGGGUGGGGUUUCGACCGGAGGAGGUGGUUUGAGGUCCGGUGUAUUCGAUUCUCUCAGCGCAUUUGAUCCUUCCUUCUUUUUGCAUCUGAUACAGAGGAGAGAAAAGACUAGAAAUGGACCACGAGCGAAUGCCAAGUUUUGAAGCCUCCUCUUCGACUGAAGAUAUUAAUUCCAACCCGCUGUUCACCCAAUUUGAUUCGAAAAUUCUAAGCUAUGGCGCGGGAAGUGAACAGUCUUUCCCUGAGUACCCCCAGAAUUUGGAUUCCUCAUCCAUUUGGUCUUCUCAUACUGGGAAAGUAGUUAAACCACCAGAUCAAGCUGCUCCAUUUGCUAACAACCAAGCAAAUCCAGCAGUGGAUUGGGAUCCAAGGUCAAUGCUUAGCAAACUCAUCUUCAUUGACCAAAAGAUUCACCAAGUUCAGGAUAUAAUCCGUUCGACUAUUGAUGUUGAAGGUCAAUUCUCUAUCCGACCAAAUGACCUCACAGUGAAGCAGCAGCUCGUGACCACAGAUUUGGCUUACAUCAUAUCUCAGUUGAUCUCAACAACUGGUUACCUUCUUCCGUCGAUCAAUAACACACUUAUGUCAAAUAUUCCUCCAGUUGCCCAGAUGACUGGUACUAUUGGUUCCACCUCUAGCUUAGCUCUGAAUGGUAUUUUACAACAAAACAAGGACUUCCCCUGGAAAACAAGCAAGGCUAUGCAACACAGAGACUUGAUCAAGAGUUUGACUCAUACCGGGGAUGAAGGAAUCAAGCCAGUUCCUAUCAAUCACCAUGAUGCGAAGGACCACAAAGAUAGUGAGAAUGGAGAAGAUCUUCCCCCAAGCUCAUAUGAAGUCUUGGAACCAAAAAAAGAGGAAAUUUUAGCUCCGCACACCCACUUCUGUUCAAUCUGUAGGAAGGGAUUUAAAAGGUCUGCGAAUCUAAGGAUGCAUAUGAGAGGCCAUGGAGAUGAGUACAAGAGCCCGGCUGCCCUUGCCAAGCCAAGCAAUGAAGCAAGCUCAGAAUCUAUGGCCCUAAAGAGGUAUUCAUGCCCCUUUAUUGGUUGCAAGAGGAACAAAGAGCAUGAGAAAUUCCAACCUCUGAAGACAAUUUUAUGUGUGAAGAACCAUUACAAGAGGAGCCACUGCGACAAGAGUUAUACAUGCAGCCGAUGCAACACUAAGAAGUUCUCUGUUCUUGCAGACUUGAAGACUCAUGAGAAGCACUGUGGACGUCAUAGGUGGCUCUGCUCUUGUGGAACAACAUUUUCUAGGAAGGACAAGCUGUUGGGGCAUUUCAAUCUCUUCCCAGGCCACAGCCCUGCAAUAUCCAUGGGCGAUGUCAAAGCUUCAGGAGUGGCAGAUCAAGGAAGGAGCAAUGAAACAAUGACUGAAAUGGGAAGUUUGGGAUCUGACUUCCUAGGAAACGCCAUGGAUGAUGUCGAUGAUCUAGACCUCGAGGAUGCUGAUGAUGAUCCCGGCUCUUUCUCCCCAUUAAACUUUGGUUCAUUUAACUUUGGUGGACUAGAUGAUAUUCCACAACAAUCAUUUGAUGCCUCAGAAAGUUUGUUUUCCUAUUUUCCUUCGGGGUCUUGCAACGGUGUCCAAAUGAAUGGAGAUAACUCGAAUUUGAAUCACCUAGGCUAAUGGCGAUGGCUAGAAAGCAUCUGAUAGCUCAGCAGCAUGUCUUCAGUUCUGUACAUGCUCUCCCUAGCUCUCUCUGGUGAUUUGCAUUUGGUGGUAGGGGAACUUUUGUAACUCAGCCAUGUAAUGUUUAAUUAGUGCUUCGUUGUACAUGAUUUAUUUUAUGUUUAUUGCUAAUAAUUCAUUCAUGAUGUUAAUGGCAUGCUUUUAAUUCGCAUGCAUGGCUGCAGUUUAACAGUUCAGAGUAUAGACUCUUGAGAGAUCA